UCAGCUGUGUCCAAUCACAGCUGAUCACUGAUCAUCAGGGCAAUGACGAUCAGUGUGGCCCCAGAAGUGCCACCUGUCAGUGUCCAUCAGUGCCAGCAGUCAGUGCUCAUCAGUGCCUCGUGCCAGUGCCCAUCAGUGCCACAUAUCAGUGCCACAUAUCAGUGCCAUGUAUCAGUGCCGCCUUUCAGUGUCCAUCAGUGAUGCCUGUCAAUGCCCAUCAGUGCCACCUACCAGUGUCUCCUCAUCAGUGCCACCUAUCAGUGUCCAUCAGUGCAGCCUAUCAGUGCCCAUCACUGCAGCCUCAUUAG